UAAAAAAGCAACAUGUCGGACGGCGGAGAUGGAAAGCUUCAAAAAAUGGAUGUGGACUAUAGUUCCACUGUGGAUGAGAAGUUACCAAAAUGUGAAAAGCUGGCCAAGCAAGGAAAACUAUCAGAAGCUUUAGAUACCUUAUUAUCACUUGAAAAACAGGCCAGAACAGCAUCCGACACCCACUCAACUGGCAGAAUCUUAGUUGCAGCCAUCAAAUUAUGUUUCGAGGCGAAGAACUGGGAUGCCUUGAAUGAGAAUAUUGUUAUAUUGACCAAGAAAAGAGGCCAAAUCAAACAGGCGGUGACAAAAAUGAUCCAAGAGGCUUGUACAUAUGUCGAAAAAACUCCCAAUCUAGAUGUUAAACUGAAAUUAAUAGAUACUUUACGUACAGUUACAGACGGCAAGAUCUAUGUUGAAAUUGAAAGAGCAAGACUUACAAGGACUCUAGCCAAGAUUAGAGAAGAUGCAGGAAAGAUUGCUGAGGCUGCUAAUGUUCUACAGGAACUCCAGGUUGAAACAUUUGGUUCAAUGGAGAAGAAGGAAAAAGUAGACUUUAUUCUCGAGCAGAUGAGAUUAUGUUUGGCCAAGAAAGAUUUUAUACGUACUCAGAUUAUUAGUAAGAAGAUCAAUACCAAAUAUUUCGAAGACAAAGAUAGCACAGAUUUGAAAUUGAAGUUUUAUAAAUUAAUGAUUGAGUUAGAUGAACACGAAGGCUCGUAUCUGUCUAUAUCUAAACAUUAUAGAGCUAUUUAUGAUACUACAGAGGUGAAAGAAAACAAAGAUAAACUUAAAGAGGCAUUAAAAUGUGUAGUGUUAUAUUUGAUAUUAUCACCCUAUGAUAAUGAACAAUCAGAUUUAAUGCAUAGAAUUAAAGAAGAUAAGAAUUUAGAAGAAAUAUCCAAAUAUAGUGAUCUAUUAAAAUGUUUUACAACACCAGAAAUUAUCCAAUGGAAACAGUUGUGUAGUAUUUAUGAAAAUGAUUUAAAACUGGGUUCCACCAUGUCUCCUGCUACCCACGUAUUUAAUCCUAAAACAGAGGGUGGUGUCAAACGCUGGGAAGAUCUGAAAAUCAGAGUGGUGGAACAUAAUAUAAGAGUGAUGUCUAAUUAUUAUACUAGAGUUAGAAUGAGUAGAAUGGCUGAACUCUUAGAUCAAACUGAGGCUGAAACAGAAGAAUUUCUGUCUAGUUUAGUAGUUAAGAAGACAGUACAAGCCAAGAUAGAUAGAUUAGAGGGAAUAGUACGUUUCUCUCAACACAAAGAUCCAAAUGAAGUUCUGAAUGACUGGGCUCAUAAUUUGAACCAGUUGAUGUUACUGGUAAACAAGACAGAUCAUCUGAUCAACAAGGAAGAGAUGGUUCAUAGAAUAUUAUAAUUUAUUCUUCUCAUAUCAUUGUAUUGUAUUGUUUCUCGAACAUUUUCAUGUACAUAAAAUAUUUCAAUUACG